UCUAAGCAGUUGCAACCCAAAAGGUAUUCCUCCGUCUGGCUGAUAUAUUCUUCUCCUUUAUACAAAUCCCGCAAGUCUCUUACUCUCUUUCUACUCAUUCUUGAAUGGUGGAAACACCUCUUUCUUUCAUGCAAGUUCUCCUUCCUCUCUCUCCGAGGGCAACUGCGCCUACGCCACACGCGUUGCCCUCCACUAACUCCUCCUCCUCCUUUGGUUCCUGCAAACAAGCCUGGUACUAUCGCUGCCUUGGCCUCGACCCCUAAACCCCCCGCACCUCCGACACUCCCUCUCCCUCUAGGAAAAACCAACGUAUGUAUGUAGUUUAGUUCCACUUGUGUCUUUGAAACCGGGGAAAUUUAGAAUCCAAAUAGAGAAGAAAAAGAGAGACGAAUAAAAAAAAAAAAAAACUGAAAAGAGAUCAUGAAGAAGAACGUCGUCUCGGAGAAGACGGUGUUGCAGAAGCCCAGGAAGGUUAACAAUGAUAUUCAAAGCGUGAAGGUUCAGAAGAAUAACAGAUUCUUGAUCACAGUCAAUGUUCUUGGGAGCGCAGGACCAUUGAGGUUUGUGGUGUAUGAGAAUGAUCUUGUCGCUGGCGUCAUUGACACUUCUCUAAAGACCUAUGCCCGUGAAGGCCGGCUUCCGGUUCUUGGUUCCGAUGUCAAUGAUUUCGUUCUGUAUUGCUCCGAUGCGGGAUUCGAUGCUUUAAAUCCGUGGGAAUCGGUAGGAUCCCGAGGGGGGAGGAACUUUGUGCUGUGCAAGAAGCAGAGGCAGCCACAGAUGACCGAAGGGAGGUCGGAGAUGAUAGCUAAAAAGCGAACUAGCAGCUGGAAAGCAUGGCUUAACAAGCCCUUUGGCAGGAAUAUAUUGUCUCAUUAAGCCUCUACGUUUUGUCAUAAUCGGAGGAUCUACUCUCUUACGAGGUCCAUGCAUGGAGAAUACUAUAUGCCCUUCAGCCUUAAGCAGCGGCCCAGCUUCAAGUCUCACAAGUCCAAGUCGCUCAUGUUUUUUCUUGUAAAGUCUCCGUGGUAGUCGAAUCUGAGCCCUGCCCACUACAACUAUACCGGAAGAGGUUCCUGAGUUCGAAUUAGAACAAAGCCUCACCACCUCCAAGUUGAAGGCUUUCCUAACAGAUGAAUGCACCUUUUCUCGUCCCAAAUGGGAUUAGAUAGUCCUUCAGCAUUCUUCGUAACGAACUUGCCAUCCGGUUUAACCCUGUUGAGGGAAAAAUGAGCGUGUUGGCAUAUUCUUGUGAAAACCUGUGUAAAAUAGUGUUGUAACAAGUGUUGUUGCGGAAGGCUUGAAGUGGGCUGG